AGUCGUAGCCGGCUUAUUUUGUGUUGAUCAAGUUUAUAAAAUUCGAAACUGUUUAUAUUCAAUUGCACUACUUACAUACAUGAGUUUUUCGCACAAUAUGAACUCAUAGUUUAGAAUUAUAUAAAAUUCCUUUCAAAAUUCAUCAUAAAUUCACACUGAACAAUGUCAGCCCGUCAAAAGUGCUUGAUAUACCUCAGUGGUGCAUUCAUUCGCUUUUGGUUAAUGAGGUACUCGGGUUUACAAAGAGUUAUCGAGGAAAGAGUUGAAGUUUCCACACCAUUGAAUUCCUGGAAGCGAGUCACCGAGGGAGUUCACUUGAUGAAAAAUGGGAUAUCUCCCUAUGAAGGUGACCUUUUCCACGAGACUCCUCUCGGACUAUUUUUCUAUUCGUGGCUCCUCACUCUGAAGCAACCUCUGCUGGACCUCUUUUUCAUCCUGAUGGACGCAGCCACCUGUCUUUGCCUGCAAUCAGUGGCUGCGAGCUACUCUGCUCAAGCUGUGGCGAAAGAGAGGGAAAAUAAGAAAAAGUACUCUGAAGACUCGCAUGGAAUAAUUUUAACCGAGGAACAAGUUCAGCGCGUUCCGCUCUACGUGGUUUUCUGCUUCAAUUUUAAUCCAUUCAGCGUUCUUAGCUGCGUGGGAAAGACAACCACGGUGGUGAACAACUUUUUCGUGGCACUUACCCUGCUGUCCAUGUGCAAAGGUUGGAUGUUCCUCUGCUGCGCUGCCCUAGCCGUCGCCACGUACCAGACCUUUUAUUCCAUGGUCUUCAUCGUUCCGUCCUGUAUGUAUAUCAUACAGUUGAAGAAAAUCAAGAAAUCGUGGCCCGUUAUCCUGAUAAUGGUGACCACCUUUGGCGUUUUCCUUGGUUCGCUUCUCUACCUAUCAAUGGUCUUCACCGACAGCUGGACAUUCCUCUCAUCGACUUAUAAAUUCUUAAUCCUGGUGCCAGAUCUGCGACCCAACGUUGGCCUUUUUUGGUACUUCUUCACAGAAAUGUUUGAGCAUUUCCGAGCCCUUUUCGUCUGUGCAUUCCAAAUCAACUGUUUUCUCUACUUGGCGCCACUAGCACUGCGUCUUCGUAAGGAGCCCAUGCUGCUGGCCUUCAGCCUUGCCGCCCUGAUUACUGUCUUCAGGUCGUACCCUUCAGUCAGCGACCUUGGCUUCUACUUUGGAAUGCUGCCGAUUUGGCUGCAUCUUCUUCCAUACAUGCAGCAGGGCUUUGUGGUUUGCUGCUUCAUUUUGUUUUCAAGUGGACUUGGCCCGGUUGUGUGGCAAUUGUGGAUCUACAUGCGGUCUGGCAACGCCAACUUCUACUUUGGAGUUACACUGGCUUUUGCCACAGCUCAAAUUUUCCUCAUCACAGACAUCCUCUUUGCGUACAUCAAACGAGAGUUCACACUAGUCAACGGAACAAAGCGAGAACUGAAAGGAAAGCCAGCCAAACUCGUCCUGGAGUAAUAAUAAUUGCAUUUUUUGUCUGAUUGUGUACUGAGAUCGGGUGCUGUUUGUUUCAUAUAAAUAAAAUACGUUUACGUGUCAA